CUCUCUCUCUCUCUCUUCUAUUUUUCUACUGUUUCCCCGCAAUCGAAGAAACAAACGGACACUAGGCUCUGAGGGAGGCUGAAGAUGAUAUUGAGAGCCGCCCCCGAGGGCAUCGUCCUUCUGCUCGCGCUCAUCGGAUUAGUUGGUGCGCAGGAUGAUGAUUCCUUGGCCAGUACCUUCCUGUCAGGUUUCUUAAAUUCAUUAACAAGCACGGCGAAGAUCGCCGAUUGUCCGGGAGUAUGCGUGCACGCGUUGGCGACAUUAAUGUGCGACGACGUCCUCGAGGACGUGCAAUGCCCGUCGGCGAGUAUGCGAUGCUGCCUGCAGGAUCCGAUAAAUGGCACCUCGUCCGAAAACGCGAUCGACGACGAGGAGCCGUCGACCUCGACCGUGUCCACAACGAUCGUCAAGACCACGAUUUCUACGACACCCGCGACAACUACCACGACGCUCAGCACGUCGACUUCCUUCACUUCGGCAAAAACUACACCGGAGAGCUACAACGAAACGAGCGAAAAGACAUCAAUGAAGACUUGUUCGGGCAUUUGCAUGGCCGAGAGAAUAGCCGACUACUGCGACGCCGUGCUGGUGAUAGACACCCUCUGCAAGUCGGGCUACAAGUGCUGCGUAUCCAGGGACGUCUUCGGGGACUCUCCGCCGCCCGAGCUGCUUGUAAUCGACCGCUUGAACUCCUCCCGCUACGACGAGAAGAACGGUAGCGGAGCUGCCAGCAAGGUCUCGUCUCCGUUGACGACGACACGACCGAACACGUCGUUGUCGACGAGUGUCUCCACGAUCGCCACCGCAAUCGCGACGACGACCUCGACGACGACGACGCUGGCGGCUGCCACGAGGCAGCCACCGACGGCGGCGACGACGACGAGGCCGAAACCGGUGCCGUUCAAGCCGUGCAGAGGAAGGUGCACGAGCGGCCUGUCCGCCCUCUUCUGCGAGAACAUCGACACAGACGCGGACUGUCCCCCCGACGAUUCCGUACUGACGGUUUGCUGCAUCAGUGAACCGCAAAAAGCGGAAACAACGACGAUUCGGCCCUCCACGAAAGCUCCUCAACCGAAGUUACCGCCGUGCCCUGGUUUCUGCCUGUUGACCCUUAUGGCAGCCUUCUGCGAGCGACCGAAUGUGAUCAUAGCGAAAACGUCGACCUGCCAGUCCACCUCGAUCUGCUGCGACAAUACAAAGAGUCCGCCGCAGGUAAACUCACGACUCGGUUCCGAUAUUGAUUAAUUUAUAAGAAUAAUAGUAUUAUAUAUUCUGUUUCAAUAAAAAAAAUCUUUAUUAAAAGCAAAUGAUAUCAGCCAACUUUCCGGUCGAUUCAAAUUCGAGUUAAAGUCUAAUCUCUCGAUUAAAUCGCUCGGAUUAAAUCAUUCGCGUACUCGAUUUCUGACCAAUAGGAAUGAUACAUUCCACGUCGCUCCGCGACCUUAUACCACCCCUCUUGCAACCUUAUAUGAGACGACGACGGUCACCACCACCACCAGAAGUCCGGUGUACAGUAAAUACGUUUGCGGCGUGAAGGGGACCUCGCGCGGCCCGAUUCAGGCGCGAAGUUCCGAGAGAGACGGGCGCGUGGUGGGCGGCGAGGACGCGGACGCCAACGAGUGGUGUUGGCAGGUCGCUCUGAUAAACUCCCUCAACCAGUAUCUGUGCGGAGGCGCGCUGAUAGGGACGCAGUGGGUCCUCACCGCGGCGCAUUGUGUCACGAACAUCGUGAGGUCCGGCGACGCGAUCUACGUGAGGGUGGGCGAUCACGAUCUCACCCGUAAAUACGGAAGCCCCGGUGCUCAGACGUUGCGCGUCGCGACGACGUACAUCCAUCACAAUCACAACAGCCAGACGCUCGACAACGAUAUCGCUCUGCUGAAGCUUCACGGUCAAGCGGAGCUGAAGGACGGGGUCUGCCUGGUCUGCCUGCCGGCACGGGGCGUCAGUCACACGGCUGGCAAGAGGUGUACCGUUACCGGUUACGGAUACAUGGGAGAAGCCGGUCCUAUACCCCUUCGAGUGCGCGAGGCGGAGAUACCGAUCGUCAGCGACGCCGAAUGCAUAAGGAAAGUGAACGCCGUGACCGAGAAGAUCUUCAUUCUACCAGCCAGCAGUUUCUGCGCCGGUGGCGAGCAGGGAAAUGACGCGUGUCAGGGCGAUGGUGGAGGUCCUCUGGUGUGCCAAGACGACGGCUUCUACGAACUGGCCGGACUGGUGUCCUGGGGAUUCGGCUGCGGUCGCCAAAAUGUGCCGGGUGUGUACGUAAAGGUCUCCUCGUACAUCGGCUGGAUAAAUCAGAUUAUAUCGGUGAAUAAUCUCUAGCUUGUCUCUCGGACAUGCCGACUGGUCGAAUAUAUCGUCUAAUAUAUCUACGUUUAUUUAUUGACGGAACAGCAGUACCUUCGCGCGCUUGAUGAUACAUAGUGCACUAUGCUAUAAUACAUAUACUGUAGAGAUCUAAGAGGCAAACGGAAAAAAAAACGUAGACAUGUAGAGAUAAGCUCGAAAUUGGCUGUUGUAUAUUUAUUGGCAUUACAAACUCAUUGAUGACAAACUCUCAUCAAUGAUGACUCAUUGGCAUGACAAAUGUGUAUAGAUAUAUAUAUGUUUUUAUACAUAUUUAUUAUUUCACAUGUAGCGAUCGUGGCGCAGAGUUGUGCGUCUGCUUUCUGUGCCGAGGACCCAAGUUCAAAUCCGACUAGAAACAACGAAUUUUUAUUCGAUCGCUGCCUCUCAGAAGGCAACAUAUGUCGAAAAAUGGCAUGUAGAUGGGCUGACUGAGCAAUACGGAUAAAACGAUCAGAUCAUAAAUGAAUCUAUUACCGAUGUAUUUAAGAGUCCAUGCACGGUUGUGAUACGACACGCUGUCGGCAGUAAUCACGUAGAUGACGGGAAAAAGCGAAAUGAUACGACAAUUUCGUAGUCGUUUCAUUCGCGAAAUUAUCGAAAAACGCAAAAUUACAUGAAUUGAAUCUUGCCAUGUCUGAUAAAUUGAUGACUUAUCAUCACGAACGAAACAACUUUGAACCGGUUUUAUCGUUUUGCCUUUUGCCGUCAUCCACGUGGUUACUUCCGACAGCAUGUCGUAUCACAAUCGUGCAUGGCCCCUCUUAAAUACAUCGGCAAUAAUUUCGUUAUGAUCUGAUCGUCCCAUCCGCAUUGCUCAGCCAGUCUAUCCACAUGGUGAAUUUUUCCCCAUCCCAUUUUUCGACAUCAUCUUUUGCCGGAUCAAACGAAAAGAUCAUUAACCCAUCUCUUCGAUGUGUACUACGCGAACGCCGAUCCAAAUUUUCCGCGACGCUUUUAAGUUUUUCGUGGUUUGAUCUUGAGAAACUGAUCGAACAGCGAAAAAUUUACAUACAUAUAGUUUAUAUGUAUUUCAACGAAAGAGAGAAAA